AUGGAGCUCGAGGAGUGCCUCCGCCUCGUUCAAUCCUGCCACAGCAUCGCAUCCGCGAGAGAAGUUCAUUCCAAAAUCGCCCACCACUCCAUCCCAACCAGCACUUUCCUCGCGAACAAGCUCAUCGAGAUGUACGGGCGGUGCGGCAGCGUUCCAGACGCCAUGGCCGUCUUUGAUUCCAUGGGCCCGAGAAAAGAUGCCUUCACCUGGGUGUUCAUGCUGUCGGCAUAUUCUCGAAAUGGGCAUCUCGACGAGGCCCGGAAGCUCUUUUGCGACUGCAUGCCGUAUCACAGCCUGGUGGGGUGGACGGCCCUGCUGGACGCGUACGGACAGCACGCUAGACUGGAUGAUGCUCGCCACGUGUUCGAAUCUAUGCCCGAGUGGGACCAGGUGUCCCUCAACGCAGUGCUUUCGGCAUAUACCCGGCAUGGGCAUCUAGCAUUCGCGGAGAGUAUAUUCUCUGCCAUGCCACAGAGGAACCUCGUUUCUUGCAACGCAAUGCUAGCAGCGUAUGCUCACAACGGUGAGACCGUAUGUGCAAAACGAAUAUAUGACUCAAUGCCGGAAUGGGAUCUGGUAUCGCUGACUACUAUGGUUGUAGCAUAUGCCGUUUCAAGGCAUGUAGAGAAUGCUAAGAUAUGUUUUGACCAAAUGCCGCUCAGGAACCUUGUGUCUUGGAAUUCGAUGCUGAGCUCCUACACUCAAAACGGGCAUUCAGCGGAAGCUAAAUUGUUUUUUGAUAGCAUGCCACAGCAUGGUCUAGUGUCACUGAAUUUGAUGCUUUCCUUGUAUGCCCAGAAUGGCCUCCACGACGAGGCAAAGUCUCUGUUCUACCAAAUGCCACAACGUGAUGUUGUCUCUUGGAACACGAUGAUCUCGCUGUACGCAGACCGGGGAGAUGUUGGGACAGCCACAAAGUUCGUUGAUGGGAUGCCGUGCAGGAAUAUCGUCUCGUGGAAUGCCGUGCUUAGUGCUCACAGCCAAGCUGGGCAUGUUGAAGAGGCCAAAUGUCUGUUUGAUCAGAUGCCACAGAGGGAUCUGAUCUCGUGGAACUCAAUUCUUGUGGCAUUUGUCCGGAAUGGGCAUUUUGAGUAUGCAAUGAGGACUCUAGAGACCAUGCCCGAGCAAAGCCUUUACGCUUUGACUGCUAUGAUAAGCACGUAUGCCCAAGUCGGGCAUAUCGAGAGCGCUUGGAAAGUUUUCAGUAUCGUUUCUGGAAGAAACACUGUUUUGUGGACUACGAUGCUUGUCGCUUUUGGAGAAAACGGCUAUGUUCAGGAAGCAAAGCUUUUGUUCGAUCACAUGGAAGGAAAAGAUGCCGUUGUUUGGAAUUCAAUGCUGUCGGCGUAUGCCCAAAAAGGGCAUCACGCUAAUGUCUCAAAGCUUCUUAGUACGAUGCCUGAACCAAGUCUAGUGUCUUGGAAUGCUGCUCUCGGUGCAUAUGCCCGGCACGACCACAACUCUAGCAAGGUUUUCGAUUCUUUAUACACCAUGAACACGAUUGAAGCAGUUGACGAGACGUGCUCUAGUUUGGUGCUCCUGGCUUGCAGCCACAAGGGCGAAGUUUACGUUGCUCGACGAUUCUUUAUUUCAAUGGUGUGGGACUUUGAAGUGGUGCCGACCAAGCAACACUACUGCUGCAUGGUUGAUAUUUUGAGUCGCGCCGGUCACUUGGCCGAUGCCAAAGAGCUCAUCGAGACCAUGCCUUUUGUGCCCGAUUCUUUCGAGUGGCGGUGCCUGCUCGCGGCUGGACGAUCCCACGAUAAUCUUGGAGAUGGAAUUGCAGCAGCAACUAAUGUUUUUGGUCUGGAUCGCAGUGAUGCAACAAGCUAUGUGUUGUUAUCUAAUUCUUACUCGAUCAUCAAGAGCACUUGA